CCGCUCCCUCGCCGCCUACAACUCGUCCACACAACCACGCACUCACGACCUGCCGCCAGCAUAAUUCAUACCUAUUCUGUGUCGUCCUUUCUAUCCAUUAGAAAUAGGAAACGCCUAAUGUAUCUUCAUUGCUAGAUGACCCUCUCGUCGCGAAUCUGAACGACAAUGGCCUCGUCCAGAGCGUCCUCGCCCGCGUCGCGCGAAGCGUCGCCGGAGCAGUUGACGCCGCGAUCCAAGAUCAAGGCCCUGCUCGCGACGGUGGAAAGCAGCGACGACGAGGGUAUUGUGGAAAAGCCAAAUAAAUCCCGCCAUGAGUCUCCCACGACCAAGCACAACAGCGCUAGCAACCGCGACCUGCAACCAACGCACAUGAACAACAUGGACAACAGCGGGGACGACUCCGACGACUCUGACAUUCCUGUUCGGCCUCGAGGCAAGCUCGCGUCUCGGAUGCAAGGAAAAGCAGUUGCUUCCAAGGAUGUCGAAGCUCCAUCAGACGCUCCUGAAACGGCGAGGGAACGCGUCAGAAAGAUGCUCGCACGCGAAGCAGAUGCAGAGGCUGCGGCCACGCGUGGCGAAGAGGCUGGCCAGGACAACGAUGACGACGACGAACUUCCCGUUGCUCCCCGUCGGUUGAAACGACGCAUGCCUCGGGAUCCCACACCUGAUGGCGCAGAGCAGCCCGCGCCUCGCUCCCCCAGCCCCGGCCUCUUUGUCUCCUCGCCUGUGCGGCCAUCUCCCACCAAGAGCGCCCAUGCCGAUCAAGACUCCGAUAACGACCUCCCCGCCCUCAAGUCAGAUCGCUUCAAGGCUCUGGUAGAGCGCAAGAGACAGGAGCGCCUGGCACGAGAAGCGGCAGAAGAAGCUCGCAAGGCUGAGCAACGGGCACGCCAGGAGAAGCUCGCGUCGGAGCUGGAGCCUCUCGACUCUGACGACGGCAAUGAUACUGGCAUCACCGAUGAUGAGGGUGGGCGCAAGCUCACUCAAGAGGCACGCCCGACCCGGAAAGCCAGCAGGAAGGCAAUCGAGGAGAUGAACCGCGAGACGCAGCGCAUCGCGCGGAACAUGCAGCUCGCUCACGAGGCGCGCACCAGGAAGAAGAUCACGAAAGCGAGCCUGUUCGAGAGGUUCAAUUAUAGGCCUGCUGGAGACGCGCAGCCGGAACCUAAGACGACGAGCUCCAGCCGACCAGGGACACCGCCUACCGACGUCGAGAUGAAGGAUGUCGACACGCCGCCUAGCUCGCCCCCGGCCACCAAGGAGCCGGAGUUGCCCGUUGUCCCGCCACAUGGAGAUGCUACGAUGCCCGACGUUGAUGACGAAGAACUACCGUCUCUGGAUGAGAUGAUGAGUUCUUCGCAGCCACUCGAAAAGGGAAAAGGCAAAGCGUCAGCCUACGUCUCCGAGCAACCCGGCAAAACAACGCCGAAGCCCAAGCGUCGGGUUCGCGUUCGUCUGCCGACUGUCGCUGCCAAUGUGGUCACCAUCGAUUCGGAUGACGAGCUAGAAGUUACCAAGACGACAAGAGACAAGGUCAUGGCGGUUUUCGACAAAAUCCCGGCCAACUGCGACCACGAAUCAAAGUCUAUGAAGGCUCUCCGAGCACUUGCGUUGGUCAAAUCACCGGGAAAAGAUAACAGCCGUGGCCAAAAGGACCAGUCACGCAUGACCGCUGGAGAGCUUCAGGCGCUGCUGUACCAGAGAGCAAGGCAGCAGGCCAAGAUGGAGCGCGAUCGUCGUCUCAAUCUGCUCAAGUCUCAGGGCAUCGUGAUUCAGACCGCUGACGAGCGGGAGCGACAGCAACAGGAAGUCGAGGAUCUCGUCGCGAAGGCGCGGGAAGAGGCCCAGAAGAUUAUGCAGGAGGAGCGGGCUGCCGCCAAGAAGUCUCGAAAGGAGAAUGGAGAGUCAGAUCCCUUGGCUUGGGAUGAUAGCGAGGACGAAGAGUAUGAAGACCCCGCAAAUGAGGCAGACGCCGAAGCAUCUGCUGUGGAGCUCUCCGGCUCUGAAGACGAAGAAGAUGAGGAGGAUGAGGAGGACAAGGGGAACCCGCUGAUUGAUGAAGAUGCGGAGUCCGGAGCGUCCGAGCACGAGUCCGCCGAUGAGGGCGAGGCCGUGGAACAUGAGGACGCGGACGAUGCGCCGAUGGUUAAGCGCAGACGAGGGCGCAACACGGCUGUCGUGCUGUCCGAUGACGAAGCAGACGUCGAAGCCACACCUAGGCCAGUCAGAACCGCCACUCAGGUAACCCCUGGCGCGCCGAAGACCGUCUCUCCGGCCGCGCCCACAUCUGUCCUCCGCUCAGCCAAGAAGACGUUCAUCCCCGGACUGCCCGUGCAGGGUCCUGCCGGCUUGGGCUUGACGCAAAUCUUCGCCGGCACCAUGGACGACAGCCAAGCCAGUCCUUCUGCGGGCCCUACUCAGUCCAUGAUGCCCGACUUUGACGCGUUCCCGGACAGCAAUUUCUCAGCUACUGCGGAGACGCAGGGCGAGGACGUCAUCAUGGAUUCGCAGCCAGACACGGCUGUGCAAGAAACGCAAACUCAGGGCGUUCGGCUCAACAUGUCUCAAUCGCAGAUGCAUGGUCUGGACAGCUUGUUCCCAGUCGGGCUGACGCAAGCAUCUGAGCCUAUGGAGGCCUCGCAGGACGCUGGCCUGCAGGAAUACACUCCCAUUAAGCAAAGGUUCGUCGAACCGCCAGCCUCCACGGUUGACACUCUUCCUAUGGGCCAAGAUGAGGAAGAUGCGCCUCACGAGUCGCCGCUGGUGCGGCGAGGUCGGCUUCGUCGCAAGAUGGAGAUGUCCGUCAUUGAAGAGGAGUCUGUAUCAUCAAUGGCCGCCCCAGCGCCCCCUCCCGGAAAUGCUUUCAGCGCCAUGGCCGACGCUGCCCGGAAAGAGAAGAGGAGACAACAUGCCGAGGAGUUCAACCGCAAGAAGACGAAGGCGAGGGAGAUGGUUGAGGAGCAGGCCGAGGAAUCAGAGGACGAAUAUGCCGGCCUUGGCGGUGCCGACGGCGAAGACAGUGACAAUGAGUCCCAAGGAUCUCUGCAAGAAAUGGUCGACGACGACGCCGCGAAUGACGUGGAUGGCAGCAAACUGGCAGCAUUUUAUGCGGAUCGCGAACGCGCAAGCGACGAAAAGGAGGUGGAGAAACUGUUCAAGGACAUCACCACGGGCAUGCUCCGUCGUAAGCGGGGAGCCGACUACGACCUCUCAGACUCGGAUGAUGGCGGCGAGGCUCGACGAAGAAUGAAGCGCCGCCAAUUCGCCAAGAUGCAGAAGGCGUUGUUUGCGGACGAGCGCGUCAAAAAGAUUGCCGAGAACCCGGGUAAUCAGGCGUUCCUCCGGACUAUUGAGGACCACGGCAGUGACGACGAAAUGGACUUUUUGGACUUGGCGGCGGGCUCGCAGGAGCAAGCUGACUCUCAGUCCCAGGAAGACACGGACGCAGAGAAGCGUCCCGAGAUCAUCCCUGACAGCCAGCCUGCGAAGCAAACUCUGGUGCCGGGAGAAGACAGGGCCCCGGCGCACAUGCGGCGCACCAAGGGGGCGGCGGCGAAGAAGCCAGCGAACCUCGGCGAGGUGCGAGAGACGCUUUCAAGCCUGCUUGAGGAGCGGCAACCUUCGGUGGUGCCGGCGACCGAGGUUGGCUCCGAUAGCGAGGACGAGCAGGACGGUCAAGGGUCUCCGCGGAGCGACAAGGAGAAUCGCGAGCCGAACCCGCGGCGUACGGGGCCAGCCGUGGUCGACCGCAUCAGCCUCAAGCGCAACGCGUCUUCGUCAUCAGCAUCCGGGGCGCGCCUCGCCUUCGCGGCGCAAGGCACGAGCUCGUUCAAGGUCCCAGCGCUGCUGCGCCGCGCGACAACCAACUCGACCAUCAUGUCGGGAUCGACGGCGAGCUCGGGCAGCGGCGGCUCCACGGGCACGGCGGUGAUGGGCAGCGCGGGCGGGUUCGGCGAGGACGCCAAGAUCAAGAGGGGAGCGGGCAAGGGGAGCGGCAUCAACGGCUUCGCACGCGAGAGGGAGGCGGCAGGCGCGGUCAAGGAGAGCGAGCGGCGGAGGGAGCAGAGGAAGGUCAAGGGCGCGGUGAGGAGGGUGGGCGUGGUGGGCGGACUGUUGGGCAAGGGAUCGUUUGAGUGAUGGGGGGACUUGUUGGUCCGCGGCAUGGGAUGAGCGCAUGUAUGAAUGGCGUUUGGAGCAGAGCAGGCUUUGAUAACUUGAGCGACGAUAUCGGUUUUAUGCAAUGUAAAGGAUCG